AUGAGGUUCCGCAGCGUGCUGUCCAUUUUAGGCGCAGUGUCGCUGGUAUCGCCAGUCACAGCGCGAUCUCAAGCCUCAGAAGCGAUCCGCCAGGUCACUCCGAUCGACAACGCCGUCAUCCGCACCCCUGCACACAAAAUAUAUCAUCUUUCACACUUUGAUCUUACCCUCGAAUUACAUCGUGACGGAACUCGGGUCAAACUAGAGCUAGAGCCAAACCACGACAUUCUUGCCGACGAUGCUUUCGUGCAAUAUAUCAACACCGACGGAUCGUUGACCGACGGUGAGCCCAUCCACCGACAUGAACACAAGGUCUUCCGCGGUCGGGCGUUGGUGGGUUCAGGGAAAGGCCGAUGGACGCCAUCGGGCUGGGCCAGAGUUACAGUCCGACAAGAUGGAGAAGAUCCGUUAUUCGAGGGCGCGUUCAGUGUCGGACAGGACAAACACCAUAUCGAGCUGCAGUCGACCUACUCCGCCAAGAAGCGACCGAUCGAUGCGAGUAUUGAACUUCGAGACCGAGAUUAUAUGGUCGUAUACCGUGACUCCGAUAUGAUUCGGAUGCAGCCAGAGCACCCGGACCUAAGGCGGUCUUUGCCGGCCUCGACUGGCUGUGGAGCUGACAAGUUGGACUACAACGCUGAUUUAACCAAUUCUAUCUUUCCCUUCGGAGUCGGAGAGGAUGAGGGCCAGUGGGGAGUUACGUCGUUGAAUUCGUUGUUUGGUCUAGGCAAACGACAGUCUGAUGUUGGUGGAAUCUCAGGUAACACGGGCGGCGUGAACUUGAAAUCGACUAUCGGAGAUACAUCCGGGUGUCCGAAGACGAAAAAGGUGGCGCUGAUCGGAGUGGCUACAGACUGCAAGAUGACCGACUACUUCUCUGACAACACUACCGUGACGGCCAAGGUCGCUGCGAAGAACUACGUGAUCAACAUCGUGAAUACCGCGUCUAGCCUCUACGAAGAGUCUUUCAACGUGUCUAUCGGUCUGCGCAAUUUAACCAUCAACAAGGAAUCAUGCCCGACCUCGGACAAUGAAGCUACUCCAUGGAAUGUUGACUGCCCCAGCGGCAACCUUACCUGGAGACUCAACGAGUUCUCGAAAUGGCGGGCAGAUAACCAGGAUAGCAACGCCUACUGGACCCUUAUGACGGGUUGUGCGACUAAUUCGGAAGUCGGUGUCUCCUGGAUGGGUCAGCUGUGCACCUCCGACUUGACUAGCGAUGGAUCUAGCUCCGUCUCUGGGGCCAAUGUCGUGGUUGGCAACGCAGGCAGCACAUGGCAAAUCUUUUCUCACGAAACUGGUCACACAUUCGGAGCUGUCCAUGACUGUGAUUCCUCCACAUGUGCCCGAGGGCUCGAGGCCUCAUCCCAAUGCUGUCCAUUGACAUCCUCGACGUGCAACGCCAACGCCCAAUACAUCAUGAAUCCCUACGCCUCAUCGUCUAUGACCAACUUCUCAGAGUGCACAAUCGGCAACAUCUGUUCCGCCAUUGGCCGCAACAGUAUCCAGUCUACGUGUCUUACCGAUAAUCGAGGGGUCGUAACAAUCACUGGUAGCCAAUGCGGAAAUGGCAUCGUCGAAGCGGGCGAGGACUGCGACUGUGGCGGUACAGAAGCCUGCGAUGAUAACGCCUGCUGCGAUGCUACAACCUGCAAGUUCAAGUCUGGUGCUGUCUGCGAUGACUCGAAUGACAGCUGCUGCUCAAGCUGCCAGUAUUCCUCAUCAGGCACAGUCUGCCGCGCCAGUACUGGCGUUUGUGACAUCGCCGAAACAUGCACCGGCAACUCCAGCGCCUGUCCAAGCGACCAAUACCAGAAAGACGGCACCACGUGCGGCUCUUCAGGUCAGGGCCUCACCUGCGCCAGUGGUCAAUGUACAAGCCGCGACUACCAAUGCCGCUCUGUACUGGGUACUAUGCUUAACAGCAACGAGUCCUGGGCCUGCGGAAACACAAAUGCCCCAUCCUGCAUGAUCGUGUGCGGCGCUCCACAGAUUGCCGAGGAAUACGGUUCUUCAACCUGUAUCGAGAUGAACCAGAAUUAUCUCGAUGGCACACCCUGUGACUCUGGCGGCCAUUGCAGCAACGGUCAAUGCAAGGGCUCCUCCGUAGGCGGCUGGAUUAAUGACCACAAGAACAUCGUAAUUGGUGUCUGUGUCGGUGUGGGAUGCUUGAUUCUUCUUGCCUUGCUCUACUGCGUUACGAGCUGGUGUCGAAGAGCUAGAGCACGUCAACGCAUGGCCAAAGCCCCUCCGCCACGGUACCCUGGUCCACCUGGAAUGCCUCCACCUGGGAUGCGUGGACCUCCUGCUCCGAACCAGUGGGCCGGGUAUCCUAAUGGGUAUCCGAACGUCCCUCCACCACGUACGCAGUAUGGCUGA